CUUCGUUAUCUUCCUUGUCUUCGUCAGCGUUGUGGUCGUGGUUCAAGAGAGACUUAGAGAUCAGGUUAAGGUUCAUUAACCGCUUGUACAUCGUGGCAGACAGCGCUGAAGGCGUUCCCGUCCCUCUUCUAGAUGAUAUUUUGUGACGCUGACUCCCGCUGCUUUGUUACUUCCCUGGACGAUAUAGACGACUCGAAUAUGGCUAUCGAUAACUUUGCUGCUGCCUCUAGCUCUGACACCGACCGACCUGUAGCUAGCUCUGCUGAGGUACCACUUCGCACAGGUCCGCCAACGAGAGAGGAACUUCUGGUACACUAUCCGGCAAAGUUCACAUGGGAACAAUUGAAGACGUUUGUCAACUCUGGUGACCUUGGACUGCUGAAGCGUGACAAGAAGCUUCAAAUCCGAUACGAUGAGUGGGCCAAAGGGAUGAGGGAGCGUUAUGGCUCUAUUGUCAAUUACCUAUGGGACCAUAGGCUUCAAUGGGGAAAUCCCGAUACUCUAUCUCUGUUACCAUCUCGUCUAAGUAAUUGUGCACCUGAAAGCACGCCUGAGUCAACGCAGGUCUCAUCAGACUGGUCAAGCAAAGACAGUCAACCCCAGAGGCCAACUGUACCUCCGGAUGCCCCCUCGUAUUUUACAGCUGACACACCUCCAGAAUACAUCAGUAUCAUAAUGAACGACUGGCCAUAUUCAGUGCCUCCAGAAGUUGAACAUACCCUAAUCUGGACGCGUAUCCCCAUCAUUCCACCAGACCUCCCGCCCUCAAUAGCACCCCGUAUAGCACAGGACGGCCUAUGGGGUUUCACAGGAUCAGAUUCACCACCACCUUCACCAAGUUUACUCCCAUCAUACUUACCUGCGUUGUCGGAAUGGGGUGUCACUAUGGACAAGCUCGUACGAUCACCCAAGGGAACUGAUGAGGAGGAGGCAUUGGUCAAGAAGGAUGGAGAUGAGAUCGCUAAAUUCAUCAAGCGGAGGUGGUCUGAGGAUGAGUGGGAGACAGCGUGGUUUGUCAAUCCGCCGCGAUUGCAAAGCGUUCCUGGCUUGGCUCACAUCCACGUAUUCGCUAGAUACAAAGGCCCGGACUCACAGACAUAAAAUGGACUAGUAUUUCUGACAUCGGACAGCGUUACUUACAUACAGCAUUUUAUUAGACCUAUUUACACACAUUUGAUUGGAUGGGUAUACCAGAAUGAUGAUUUCUACAAUUUAGAUGAAGA